GGAUGCACGCGGCCAUAUACACAACCUACCAGGCUGCAUCAUGUCGACCACUGUUUGGAAAGUUAUUGUUCUUUAUUUCACCACCACACUCGACUGUAGCUGCUGCUUUCGUAACGAUGUGAAUCUUAAGGACAACCCAAACAUACCAGCAAUCGCCAAGUAUUUCACCACGAAAGGGAGGUACGAGGAAGUGAACCCGUAUCUCAUAGAGGACAUACUCGCUGUAAACAGAUCUAUUUUGCAGCCUCCGUCCGCACAAUGUCGCGAAAUUCAUCUAACCGCCAUCAUAAGACACGGCACAAGGUACCCGACGAGUAAAAACGUCAAGAAGAUGCAGAAGCUUUACGAGCUGGUCAAGAGCGGCGCGACGGGCAAAGACAGCUGGCUGCGUGAAAUCCAGACCCAGUGGACGAUGUGGUACACCGAGGACAUGGACGGCCGGCUCGUCCAGAAAGGUGUGAACGACCACAAGCAUCUGGCCGUCAGGCUGUCAAAGCUGUUCCCCUCAAUGAUUUCAGAGGAGAACCUGCGAGGUGGAUUCAUCCGGUUCAUAACCAGCUCAAAGCACAGGUGCGUCAACAGCACGCUGUCCUUCAAGGCGGGGCUGACAGAGCUGUGGGCCAUCACAGAUCAGGAUUUUGACCAUGCGGUGAAUGAUGCUCUGAUGAGGUUUUUUGACCAGUGCACCAGGUUCGUGGAGGAAGUUGAUAACAACCCGUCAGCUCUGUCCGAGGUGGACAGGUUCAGGCAGGGACCAGAGAUGAGGAGGGUCCAGGAGAAGAUCGCAGACCGUCUCGGAGUCCCGUACCCUAACAUCACAGAUGAUAUGGCAGAGGCUGCAUUUUACUUGUGUGCUUAUGAGUUUGCCAUCAAGACUGUGAACUCUCCCUGGUGUCGGCUCUUCGAUGAGGUCGAUGCACAGGUUAUGGAGUAUGCAAAUGACCUGAAACAAUUCUGGAAAAGAGGCUAUGGUUACGAUAUUAACAGCAAGUCGAGCUGCAUCCUCUUCCAUGAUUUGUUCAGUCGACUGGACAAAGCAGCCGGCGAGCUCAAGUUGGGCCAGCAGGUGACUGAAGCUGUGACAGUCCAGGUGGGCCAUGCCGAGACUAUUCUACCGCUGCUUACCCUCCUGGGCUUCUUCAAGGACAGCGAUGCCCUGACGUCCACCAACUAUGCCUCACAAACCCAACGCUCCUUCCGCACCAGCCACAUGCUACCCUAUGCAGCGAACUUAGUCCUGGUGCUAUACGACUGUGGGGGAGGAGACCUGAGACUGCAGCCGCUGCUCAAUGAGAAGCCUGUGACUUUCCCCGGUUUGACUGCCCCGAGGACCUCCAUGCCGCUCUACGAGGACGUCAAAGAGCACUACAGGGAACUGCUCCACGGCUGUGACUUUGAGGCUGAGUGUCAGCUGUUCAAGCAUCCUGCUAAAGUUUAGGCAGACAGGACAGAAUCUGGAAAAGACCAUUAUAGUGGCUUUAUUGCGCUUUAUUUGCAAAAUGGAUUGAAAGUUGUGGUUGUAAUCUGAGCAUCUUAAUCUGAACGCAUCCCUGUGCAAAUCCAUGGACAACUCACAGUUUGAGCUGGCCUUAUAAGCAUGUUUUAACAUUUUUCACUUCCUUUUUUUGUUAUACCUGGGAAAAGACAGAUUUGUCUCUGAAAUGUGCCAUGUUCCCAGGCUAGGAAUUUAAUUUCUGUACCAUUACAGUAUUACUGCUUCUACAAUGCUUAUUUUCAAGGUUUAUUUCCAUUAUUGCACAUGAUAGAACAGGAAUCAAAUGAUGUAUUUUUGCAGUGUACAGAUCUUCUAUGUUCUGUUACAGUAUUAACAUCCUGACCAUGUUUUAUGAUGCCGCAUUUAUUUCUACUCAUUUAUUUAUUUUGUUGCUUUACCAUACAGCUUGCUGUGAACAUUACAGUGGGUCUGAAUUAAAAUUAGCGAAGCAACUUGGCUAUUUAUGACAGCUGAAUAGCUCUGCAUUAAGAAAACAACCUGAUCAUAGCUUUCCUUAAAUCAUUUCCUAUAAUCGUGCUUAUCAUGUCUUAUAAUAUUUUGAGUGCCACUGUCUGAUAAGACACCCUACAGGAUUCAUCAGUUGUUACUUAUCAGUUUAUCAAUGGGUAAUUAAUCAUUUACUGAUUGUUCACAGAUCAGCCAAAGGCGUACAAAAUGCAUCACUAACGUUUGCAACUGCAGACUAGCUGGAUUAAAACCCUUCAUUGAUAAUUUACACGUAAAUUGCAGACUUUUCAAAAUGUAUU